GGUUUAUUUUGGCUGCCAUUCUAUUCUUUUCAAUCCAAGUAUUUUAUUAAUGGUUGGAACGUGAAAAUUAAUCCAAUGGUUAUUUCUUUAAAUUCAUUCCUACCCGGCUUCAAUUCCACAGUGGUUAAUAAUCAAAAUGUCCCAAGAAUGUGCUUAGGAGCUUCAAUUAAUAAAGCCCGCCAUUACUCGUCCCCUUCUAGAACUCUUCUUUUCAGUAGACCAAUACAUACAAGAAACGGAGCAUCUCUUUUAGUUGCAAACAGUGACCGCCUUGCAACAGAAACCAGUGACAAGACUACAGAAUCCGAGCCUGUAUCAAAGACCCCCGAGCCUUCUAAUGGGUCCGUCUCUGCCUCUGAACCGACCACAUCUGAUACCGACGUAAACACUCUUCCAAAAAGAUCAAAGUUAACAGCAAGGGAGAAAUUAAAAGCUGCAAGAGUCCGCAGUCGUGACUCAGAACCAAAGGCAGCUAAAAAACAAGAGCUUGGGAGCACGGUGCUGGAAGCUCUCAGAGAAAGUGAUAGAGUUACUGGGAAAAAGAGAUCCGGUCUUCCAGAAGCACCCGGGAACCUACUUGAUGAUAGCAAACGUGGAAUGCCUCCAAAGGGCCUGACCUUUGAGCUACCAGUUGGUUGGGAUGUGUUUCUUAUUAUCCUUUCUGUGGUCGUGAUCAGCACCAUCAUGUUUACAACAACUUACAUCGUUUGGAAAGUUGGCGCCAUUCAUUUUAAUGAGUACUAGAAAACAGAUGGUUGCUUGCUUAUACUAGAUGUUUGCGUCAAUGGGGAUCGCUGGCCCAUCCCAUUAGGUACAUUUCUUACUUGUACUAUGAAUUUUUGUUUGCAUCUUCUUAAAGGUAAGGCCUAUACUUGAACGUAAACGCUUAGUUUGAUCAAACAACUAUGUACAUUUAAGUGCUAUAAGUGUAUUUUAGCUCAUACCUUCAGUACAUGAGAACAUUCCAGUUGAAAUAUUAUUAUUGUCUGAUAAUGUACAUUGGCCAUUUUUAUCA